GUGCGUUCAGAAACUUACGGCGAUGGUAAGGUGAUAGUAAUUUGAGUAAUCUGACGUCACGUUACUGAGGUGAAGAAAAUAGUGAACGAUUUUUAGUAACUCUUAGAUAACGUAUAAGUAUGACAUUAAUCUAACCUCUUGUGUUUACAAUGUGGCAAUAUCUAGUGCUGCUGUCAAACAUACUGAAUUAAUGUUAUUUACAAUUUAAAACACAAAGCAACAAAAAUAAAACAAUGGAAGUUGCGCUUUCCAUUGCAAUUGUUGGUGAUAUGGCAUUGAAAUAUAUCAUUUUAAGCGACGACGACGAAACGAGCGACGAAGAUGAAAUUGUAAGUGUUGUUUUAUUAACAAAAAAACGUAGAAGAAAACCUUCGAGAAUUGAAAACUACGUUGAACGGACAGUACCCAAUUUGACAGCCAGAGAAUUUCAACAACAUUUUAGAAUAACCAUAGAUGCAUACGAACACUUAAUACAAAUGGUUGGCCCUCUGUUAAAAAGAAAAAACUACAAAGGAAGAUUUACAAUCAACGUUGAAAAGCAGCUGUUGGCAGUAAUUUGGUUGCUGGCAACCCCUGAUUCAUAUAGGUCAGUGGGUGAAAGAUUUGAUUUGGGAAAAUCAUCACUGUCAGUAUGUUUUAUGCGAGUUAUAAAAAUAUUAUGUUCUUUAACACAAAGAAUCAUUACGUGGCCAACUGGUCACAAGUUGACAGAAGUGAAGGAAAAAUUUAGACAAAUGGCUGGUUUGCCAAACGUUAUUGGUGCUAUUGAUGGUACAUAUAUAUGUAUAAAGGCACCACACGAAGAUCCAGAGUCUUAUAUUACAAGAAAAAGCCACUAUGCCAUCACAUUGCAAGCUAUUUGCGAUGCAAAUUUAAAAUUUACAGACGUGUUUGUGGGUUAUCCUGGGUCUGUACACGAUAAUAGAAUUUUCCGGAAUUUCGAGAUUUACAUAGCAGUUCGCAACCAUCUACAACAGUAUUUCCCAGAUGAUGAGUAUAUUAUUGGCGACAAGGCGUAUCCAUGCUUGUCAUGGUGUAUUCCGCCAUAUAUUAAUCGAGGCAAUUUAACGCCGGCUAAACGACAUUUUAAUACCAUCAUGGCAAAAACCCGACAAACUAUAGAAAGAUCAUUUGCUCUUCUCAUGGGAAGAUUCAGAAGAUUGAAAUUUUUGGACAUGCAACGGACUGAUCUAAUACCAACAGCUGUUCUGGCGUCGUGCGUAUUACACAACAUCUGUUUAGAGCAUAGAGAUGUAGAAAUUGAUAACUACAUUAGAGAAGGAAUAGAUGACAUAUACCACAAUGAUGAAAACGAAGGGCAUGGUCAUCAGGAAAUUGAGGGAACACGCAAACGGGAUGAAUUAUGUCGUCAGUUGUUUAUAUGAAAGUAUUUAUUUUGCAUAUUAUUGUAAACAAUUAUAUUCAUUUAAUAAAAUAACAUUAAUAAUUCUCUAUAAGUACAAGAAACAAAACUAUAUUAAAUGGACGUUCAA